AAGAAACUUCAGAAAGUGGAGCUAUUCAAGAAGAUUGAAACAAAGGUAUCUGAAUGGGUCGAAAGAUGGUAAAGAUGGUGAAGAUAAUGAACGAGAAAACGAGGAUAACAACUUACAAGAAGAGGAAAGCAUGUUUGUAUAAGAAAGCCAGUGAAUUCUCAACACUCUGCGGCGUGGACACUUGUCUCAUUGUGUACGGCCCGAGCAGAGCAGGGGAUGAGAUGGUCGCGGAGCCAGAACUAUGGCCAAAGGAUGAGAGGAAAGUCCGUGAAAUCAUAACCAAGUACGGGGACACUGUGUCAAGCAACUGCACCAAGACUUACACCGUGCAAGAAUGCUUGGAGAAAAACAACACUAAAGAGGAGAAACCGAAGAUUACCAUGAAGUAUCCUACAUGGGACAAAAAGCUUGACAAGUGCUCUUUAAAUGAUCUCUAUGCGGUUUUCAUGGCAGUAGAAAACAAGAUCCAGGAGGCUACGAAUAGGAAUCAGACAUUUCCUGACACUACUUGUUGGUCUAAUGACCAACUUGGUUUAUGCGGUUACAAUCAACAAUGUUUUGAGCAGUAUCAGUUGUUUCCUCUGCCUACUCUGGAGCACAACGGGUUCUCUUUUUUCCCUUUUAAUAACCAGAUGACCUCAAAUACCGCAGAAGUGGCUUCCUUCUCGAAUGUGACAGAGCCGAUGAUAGCAAACGGGCAAAACUUGUUUUACGGGAGUUGUUCGGAUGGUCCAUAUGGUCCGGUGGUACAGAGGACAGCUUAUAUGGAGCCAAUACAAUGGGGUUUAGGAAACAGUAUGUUCAACAAUGUGAAGCAGUUCCAAGAUUAUCCCUUCAGGUUUGCACAAGUUAAUGACUUGGAGGAUUCAAGGGUUGUUACCGGCGAUGUUGCUGCGAUCUCUGGAGCAUCGCCGGAGACUGGUGGUUGGUUUGAUGGGGCGGUGGCAGGUGAUUCUAUCGAGGUGGUGGGACUCAUUGUAGGAGCGGAUAUUGGAGACUUCCCUGGGAUUGUAGUGGGAGGGGAAACAGGGGAGGUUGCAGGAGUAGAGACAGGUGUCGUGGCGGUAGUCGGAGAGGAAACAGGGGAAGUUGCCGGAGAUAAAACAGGGGAAUUCAGAGGAGAUGCAAUGGUACGAGAUGUAACAGGGGAAGUCGCCGGAGAUGAAACAGGGGAUUUCAAUGGAGAAGCAAUUGUCCGAGAUGAAACAGGGGACGUCGCCGGAGUAAAAACAGGAGAAUUCGAUGGAGACGCAGCGGUCCUAGAUGGGGAAGUCGCCGGGACAAAAACAUGGGCUUUGGAUGGAGACGUCACGGUCCGAGAUGGAGAAGUCGCCGGAGUAAUAACAGGGGAUUUCAAAGGAGACCCAAUGGUCCGAGAUGUAACAGGAGAAGUCACCGGAGAAACAACAGGGGAUUUCGAUGGAGUCACAAAGGCUGGAGAGGAAACAGAGGAUUUCUCCGGUGACUUCGUAGGCGAGGUUUGCUUCGUCGGAGAUGGUGCCUCUGGAGGGUUUUGGAUCACCGGCGGAUUUAAAAAUCUCUUGUGUUCUUCAGAUUGUUCAUGUUCGAGUGAUAGCGUAAGCUUGUGGUAUUCUGAUUUGAGAAUACGAUUGAAAGAAAGGAGCUUUCUUUAUCACAAGGAAGAGUCUUUUAAGAUGGAUGAGGGAGAUGGGAGAGAUCAGAUGGAUCAAUUUCAUCAAAAUGAGGCGAUAUCUGCCGUAGCUGAUGACGGGUUUUUGGCGGAGGAAGAGGAUGAUGAUUAUGAGGAUCUUUAUAACGACGUUAAUGUUGGAGAAGGGUUUCUUCAGUCUAUGAAGAAGAACGACGAAGCGGGAUCUAGGAACGAGGAAAAGGAAAAGGUUAGCAUCGAGGAGGAAGAUAGGGUUGAACCAGUUUUAGGUGCGUCGGAAGCUGAGGUUUCGAUACCUGGUUUGGUUGGUGAGAGCGUUGCUAAAGAAGCAGAAGCACAAGGAGGAGGAGGAGGAGGAGGAGGAGGAGGAGGGAGUGGUACUGAUGUGGUGGUCGCUUCUAGUGGAUAUGGAGCUCAAGAGGUUAAGGUAAGCGAUGUUAGCCAGGAGAUUUCUGGUGGAAUUGGUACUGGUACUGGAAGUGGGCUUAGAGUUGAGCUAGGGCAAGCUGCUAAUCGGGCAAAUAAUCUCGAGGCACCUAGAGGAAAUAAUAUUUCGCAGGGUCUCUUGCCACCACCGCAUGUGUUGGGGAAUAACGAGAAUUUGAUGAGACCUGUGAUGGGUAAUGCUAAUGGCGGGACUCCUCCUGGACCUGGUAGUGUUAUGGUUGGGAACGGAGCUAAUAUCGCUAUGCCUGGUGUUGUUGGCGGGGGAACUGGUGGAGGAGGAGGCGGUGGAGCUAUUCUUUUUGUUGGGGAACUGCAUUGGUGGACAACUGAUGCUGAGCUUGAGGCAGAGUUGUGCAAGUAUGGUGCAGUGAAGGAGGUUAAGUUCUUUGAUGAGAAAGCUAGCGGGAAGUCUAAAGGGUUUUGUCAAGUAGAGUUCUAUGAUCCUAUGGCAGCUUCGGCUUGCAAAGAUGGAAUGAAUGGGUAUGCAUUCAACGGUAGGCCUUGUGUUGUUGACUAUGCGUCUCCAUAUUCGGUUAAGAGAAUGGGAGAGGCACAGGUGAAUAGGACCCAACAGGCGCAAUCUGUAAUUGCACAAGCUAAGAGAGGUGGGCCUGCUGAUCCUCCAAGUAAACCAGUCGUGACCAACAACAAUAACAACAACAACAACGCCAUUGGCGGGAAUUUCCAAGGCGGGGAAAAUAGAGGAUUUGGUAGAGGUAAUUGGAGAGGCAAUGCUCAAGGAAUGGGUGGUAGAGGACCAGGUGGUCCAAUGAGGAAUAGGCCUGGUGGGAUGGGUGGACGAGGUUUGAUGGGUAAUGGUGGAGGUGGGUUUGGUCAGGGAAUGGGUACAGGGCCUCCUAUGAAUAUGAUGCAUCAACCAAUGAUGGGGCAAGGGUUUGAACAAGCUUUUGGUGGACCGAUGGCGAGAAUGGGAGGGUAUGGAGGAUUCCCUGGGGCUCCAGGUCCACCGUUUCCUGGGCUUUUGUCCUCAUUCCCUCCUGUAGGAGGAGUUGGUUUACCUGGAGUGGCACCUCAUGUGAAUCCAGCGUUUUUUGGACGAGGGAUGCCAAUGAAUGGAAUGGGAAUGAUGCCUAAUGCUGGUGUUGAUGGAGGGCAUAAUAUGGGAAUGUGGGAUCCUAAUAGUGGAGGAUGGGGUGGUGGUGAAGAUCUGGGUAGUGGAAGAGCUGCGGAAUCGAGUUAUGGGGAGGAAGCUGCAUCUGAUCAUCAGUAUGGAGAGGUUAAUCACGAUAGAGGGGCUCGUCCGAAUCCAGUGAAGGAAAAAGAAAGAGUUUCAGAAAGAGAAUGGUCUGGUUCUUCUGAUAGAAGGAAUCGUGAGGAUAAAGAUGCUGGUUAUGAAAGGGACAUACCGAGGGAGAAAGAUGUUGGUCACGGUUAUGAUAUGCCAGAGAGAAGGCAUCGUGAUGAUAGAGACAUUGGUCGUGAGCGUGAGAGGGAACAUCAUCAUAAGGAUCGUGAACGCUCCAGAGAACAUGUUCGUGACAGAGAAAGGGACAGGGAGAGGGAUCGUCAUAGAGAAGAACGAGACCGAUAUGGUGGUGAUCAUCGUACUAGACACAGGGACGAACCUGAACAUGAUGAGGAAUGGAAUAGAGGUAGAUCAUCCAGAGGACACAGCAAAUCGCGGUUGUCUCGGGAGGAUAACCAUCGCUCAAGAUCAAGGGAUACUGAUUAUGGGAAAAGAAGGCGGCUUACUACUGAAUGAAUAUCUGAUAAAAAUUGACUUUGAGAGCUCCUGCAAAACUAUAAACCCCCUUAUGGAAGAAAAGCAAGAUGAGGAAGAAGAAAGAAAACCUCAGAGAAAGGCAGACUCUUGUCAAAGAUUGAAGACUCUCACUGGUGAAAUCUCUUCUUCAACUCAGCUUAGAUACCUAGAAGUGGAAAGAAACUCGGCAAACGUUUGCCUUCUUUAAGUUAUUAGACACCUUACCUUUUUGCCAUUUUUAUGUGAAACUUCUAAAGACCAGUGUGUUGUGGUGAUGUUUUGGCCUUUUGGGUUUCCAUUCCAUUUGUGUUUAGAUGUUCUUGUUUUAACUGUUUCUGAAUUUGUUGUUGUGUAGUUGUAUUAGUUGCAGCCAAAUAGCUAGCCUGGCCAGUGUUACUGAUC